AGUGUUUUCCUUGUGAUGGGCAAACCAACUUAGCUAUCUCCUGUCUCAAUAUUGAUCUAGAAUGAUAUGUAAACUACGAUGACUCAUCCAGAAGCAUGUGUCGUGCACUUGCGAAAUAUUGAAUUUCUAAGGUAACGAACUUCAUGUACUUAUAAAGGUUUAUAUACUAAAUACAUCAGAAACCUUGCAAAUAUGCAGGGAUAAUCACAACACUUUGCUUCUGUAUCAGUUAUGCUCUAUCACAGCGAACAAUCUAUGGAUUGAUAAGAUAAGGUGAUGUAAUCCAAUCCAUUUCAGCUCCGUGAAAAGUAUAAAUAUAAAUUAAUGUUACCUACAAUAGUGAAGGUGAGAAUAAAAUAGUAACGCCGCAAAUCAAACAAUGUAAACAUUUUGUAAACAUUUUACAAAGAUGGCAAGGCCGACAGCAUAAUUCUUCAUGUUGAGAAUUGUUAAUGUGGGUCAUAAAUCAAACAAUUACUCGUGUUAUAGGCUACAGGAUGUGAUGCUCUUUUUUCUCCCGGUGCAACGCACGGGCAUUUUUUAAACAUUAUCAUCACUAAGACAUGUCAUCGCAUUGGUGCCUACUACUCCAAUCAUCAAAAGGGCACCUGAUCAUUCAAAAACAACAUGCCACUGGUAACUCCUAGUUCCCAUCCAGUUACAGACUCAUGAAGCCUAGAUUCAGAUACAGGGCAUACAUCAAGUUCAGACACACUUCUGAACUUAUGUGCUGAAAUGACUAAAGAGUCUCUUUAUUCUUCAGUUCUUGAUUGCAUAUUAGUUCUGAUCAUUCGAUUAAACCUCCUGUUCAAAGUAUGUUGACUUGAGCAUAUUAAGGCUUCAGUCACGCAAUUGUCAUUGGGUCACGUUCAACCAAUGACCCAUAUAUGAAUGAACAUUUAAUCCAUUCGCAUGAGAACGGAAUUUGUAAUUUGCCAGUUAGGUUUGUCAGGGCUCAUUAUGAGGCCGAGUCUGCUGAAAUGUUGGCGACUGAUAAGUAGAUAACCCAGUUCCAAUAAUUCUAGUAAACCGAGACCCAGAACCAAUAUAAACAACAGCACUUGGCCUUGCCCAAAAGAACUAAGUUUACCAUUUUUUUGGGUAUGGACAACACAGACAUAGCUGAUUAAUCAAUUUAGACGGUUUAGCAUUCCUGGCUAGCAGUAAAAUCCGUACUUCUGAACUUAUCUGGUGAAAGGCCUAAAUAGUAUCUUUAUGCUUCAGUUCUUGUCUUCAUAUUAGUUCUGAGCAUUUGAUUGAACCUCCUACUGAAAGCAUCUAUUUCGUUGUACUGUCACAUGGUUUUGUCCUUGAGUAACAGACUGUCUGGUGUUUCGGAUCUGUAGAAUCUAAUAACAUGUGAGGUGUUGAGAAGAUGAUUUUUCCUAACAACAUGAAGCGACAUUCUUGAUAAGCUCAUGAGCGCUUGGGAGGGAAUCCCUUUCUCUUUUGAAGUCCCAAAAUCUGUGAAUGUUAUUGUCCAUUGUGGUUGCCAUUUUUUGUUUAUUAUACAUGGGUUAUUUAGGGGCUUAGGUAGUACAGUAGUAGGUAGUUGUGGUAUACCAAUUUCUUUUAUUUUCACUCGUCAGUUUGCUUGUCUGUAGGUGCUAAAGGAGAGGAUUGAGCGAGUCAAAGCAAAGAAAAACGGUGCUUUUACAUCCAAAACUGAGUUUACUGAAGAGAUGUUAGAGAUACGUAGAGAUUUCGUGCUUAUCCAUGGCGAAAUGAUACUUCUCCAGACCUACAGCUCCCUGAACUUUGCUGGGCUAGUGAAGAUACUGAAGAAGUAUGACAAAAGAACAGGCGGCGUGCUCAGCCUACCUUUCACUCAGCGAGCUCGCCACCAACCAUUUUUCACCACUGAACCAUUAACAAGACUUGUUCGAGAAUGUGAGGCUAAUCUUGAAAUCCUCUUCCCUGUUGAAGAUGAAGUGCUCGAGUCUGGUUCCUCUUCAAAGCAUCAGGCUCACAAUGAUGCGGCUAGUCGUGACCCAGCGUCAUCUUCCGACGCAGAAACCACAGAGGUGUACCAAAGCACACUCGCGGCAAUGAAAGCGAUAGAGGGCCUUAAGAAAGCGAGCUCUACUUACAAUGCCCUGUCUCUGGCUAGGUUCUUCCAUGGAGAGGAUGGCGAAGCUUGUUAUGGUGCCGUAACUUCUGAGAGCUCGCUGUUAGAUUCCUUGACAGAUUCCCAGGUUGAAGAUGCAUAUAAGGAUGAUAAAGAGGUGCAAUCAAAGGAGCAGAGCUCUGCUCAGACUAACCAUAACGCGGAAGCGGAGCGACGCGGUGGAUAAUAAUCAGUCUUUCCAUGCUAUUUUGAAUCUCCCCUGAUAAGUGUAAAUGAUAGAACUGCUAUAACACCAAUAAUCUGGAUGUUUAGCCAGUCUUUGAAAUGUGUGACAGACCAUAAGUCAUGUUUUAUUUGGAUGCUUGGAGUUUUGGAGCUGUAGGCAGAAAGUGUGUGUGUCAUUUAGCUGAUUUGAUUUGAAAGGAAUUGUAUACAGUCUCUCUGUUUCUUAA